AUGUGAUGGUAUGGAUUUAGGCCAGCGUCAAGGAAGACUUUUAGAUAACACUGCAAAACUCCAAAACAUCCUGGAGAUCCAAAUGGAUUCAAACUGUAUCUGCUGGGGGCCUGUGAUAGGCUGGGCCACUCACAUCACCCAUAUUAAUCCUCAUGGGAUUGACCCUGUUAAGGUAGCAACAGACGACCUCACUUUAGAGGACAUGAAGGAAGCUGAGAAAAGGGAAAUGAUAGGGCUGUAGUCUGGAAGUGGGGGGCCAGAUUGCAAACCCAGAUUCUGCUGUGUGCAGCCUAGGAACCCUGUCCACGUGUCAGGGCCCCCGGCCCCACGCCCAGCAUACUGCGGAUGCCUGAGCCUUCGUCACCGUCAUCUGGCCAUUAUAAGACACACAGAAGCAAUUUUCACUGAAGGAAGGCACAGGACUUUGUCUUCCCAGCACUACUACACCCUCCCAGUUCCCUGAGGACUAGAAUCCUUCUACUUCCCUUGCCUUCUUUGGCAGAGUCCUACUCAUGUGACAUAUGACAGCCCCCCAUUCACAGCCAACACCAGGAGCUGCUACAAGGGAGACCAAGAGCCUUCACCCCUCCACCAUGCUUGGGGACAUCUCUAUCCUUGGAGCCAGGGGGAACCUUAUGCCCUACUUGCACACCCAAAAUCUUGUCCAGAACAUGCCGAGAAUCUCACUCGGUUCGGAAUGGGAUGUAGCCAUCACUGCACUUUCCACCGUGCACUCGUGCACUGCUUUCUCUGCACUGUGGCCUCUCGGACCUGCUGCAGGAGAGGCCCAGCUGGCAAGAAAUCAACAGCUUAGCCCUGGAAGGCCCGCACCAGGAGAGCAAGGAGGAGCAGCCAGCCCAGGCCAGGGUGAAAACACAAGGCACCCUGAGUGGGAGAGCAGUGGUGUGGCGGACAUGGAGAGGACAGGAGGCAGUCCUAAUCACCCAAACAGGAGGAGCUGGACAUGGCGGCCAAAGACCAUCGGCGACAUGCGAAUGGAGAGCCCUGCGGGUUUCAGCCACCGCUGGGCCCUGGUGUCUGGAACCAGCCUGGCAGGCGAGGGCCUCCGUGAACGUGCCCCAGGCAGUUUCCGUCUCCUCACAAGCGGAGAGGGAGCCUUCACCGCUGUGAAUCAGGACACCACCAGCAGACAAGGUCCUUCCAUGUCCCACCACCACCAGGCCGUGACAGAGGUGGCCGCAGACAGCAGCGUGGGUCCCUGGGCGGCCAGCUCGAUGCUCAAGCAGAAAGGAGCCCAGAGAGUGGAGCUCCUGACCCCCGCUCGCCCCCCGGAGACCCAGCCCCGGGACAGAGGCAGGCUGCAGGGUGCCUCGGGCCCUCCCAGCCUCCUGGCCCCAUAG